GUAUUUUCCUUAUAUUCAAACUUUCCCCUCAGAUUCUGUGCUAAUUCCAACUAGAUUGUUUUGUUCGAAGUGUUCGUUGAGUUGAGAUCGACUGAAUGGAUAACGAGAGCAGAUAUGAACAGCACAACGUGGCUACGGCCGUGCUAGAGUGCGAAGUUUGUUAUGAACAAUACGACUCCGGCAACCACAAGCCGCUCUGCCUAACUUGCGGCCAUACGUUUUGCUUCUCUUGCAUUUCAAGUUUACAACAAUGUUUAGAGAACAGAAACUGCCCUAAAUGCAAGAAAAAAACUACCCAACCUAUUGAUGAUAUGGUAAUCAAUUAUGCAUUGAUCCCCUGUGAAGGCAAACCUAAACGGGAGAAACCCCAGCCCGAGGCGCCCUGCCUUCAGCACCAGAAGCCGCUUGAUUAUCUUUGCGUGGAUUGUAUGGAACUAACGUGCUUCACGUGCACUAGGGGCACGCACGCCACGCACAAAGUUGAGAUGAUUGACGACUUGCUUCUGAGAGGUGAAGCGGUGGGCACAAAAGUAAAAAUACGAAGCAAGAUUCGUGACCAACAGGAGCAAGUUAACAGCCUGUUGAGUUGGAUUGAUGAAAUCGUGAAUCUGAAGACGGAUUUUGAAGAAUGGAAAGAGUCGCUGCUGACCCAGAAAGUGACUAUAGAGAAAGACCUCCAAACUUGGGAUGAAGCAAUCAUAAGUACUGAUGAGAACAGGAGACGGAAGUGCAAGGAAAUCAUUUGUCGACUGCAAUUAGAACCCGCAAAAAACAACAAGCUAUUCAAAAUCAACGCGAGUUUGGAUGCAGUUAACAAGAAAUGCAAGGCGCUGGUGGAGAGGCAGUCGACCACAGAGCGCCGGCGGGCCAGUGAACAGUCAUGGAAACGGGAGAAUAGUCAUCUUACAGUCUACGCAAAUGCACGACGGCCGACUUCUCCAACCUGUGAAGACGGGGAAAUAGUCAGCCCGAAGCCAGCAAUAAAGCGUCCCAGAAAAAAUGUCUUCAGUCGACUUCGCCCACCUAAUCGAGCACCAACAAGCACUACUUCCCCCAAUUACUAUACACCUGUAAGCUCCAGCCCCGAUUACAAUUACUCAACCACUGCACCUACCUAUUCACCAGCGAGCCCAAAUUAUUCACCCACUUCACCUACAUAUUCACCAACAAGCCCAAGUUAUUCACCCACUUCGCCAUUCUAAUUCACAUUGCCAAUACAAAACUCAACCACUAAACCUACCAACUUAUGUUGUGGUAGCCUUCAACUCCAAUCUGUUCCCACUCCAAUAAAUUUUAUUUUAGCUGUGUCGAUAUCUACGAUAUAUUAGAUCAUCUCGCUAUAGCUUAAACAUUUUCAAGCUAAGGUCAUUCAAGUUUGAUCCCCUCACAUUGCCCUCACCAGAGGGGGUAUUAACAAAUCACUCGUCUAUAGAAAUUGUCGUAUUUGAUAUGGCCGUAAUAGAAGCUAAAAAGGAAAUUAAAAUCGUUUAAUAAUUCAUGAAUUUUAGGCUACACUGACUGAAUAUUGAGCUAACAAAUCGUGUUAUUCUCAGUUGGAAUUUCAUUACACGAUACAAAUCUGAAAUAUCCUAUAAUGUGUGCGGGCCAAAAUGUUAACCACCGUAUGUUAUUGCGUGUCGCUCGCAUCCAAGGCGACUAGGGUUAACUUUUUAUUACAAUCGAAGCUGGAUUGCGAGCGGGAAUGUACCGCCUAUAGCAUCCUUGUUCGUGCAACGAUUUUUUAUACGUUUCGUUCGUGAUCAAUUCUUAAACAUUCAUAUGUUAUUGUAUAGGAAUAUAUUAAGUUACUGUGCGAAUGAAGCUGAUCCACCAACUACCCUGAUGCUGCCAUUGGCCUUGGUUCGCCCGCUUUGCCAAUCAGCUAUCAUAUUUUCUUUGUUAUUCAAGGGGUUCCGCUGGUAGCCUUCCGGUUUGAGUUUCGUUUUCCUCAUUGAAUAUGGCAGUUGUCCAUUAUCAACCUACGAUGUAUUGCGUCUGUCAGAAAUUAACUUUUCGAUGUGGUCCUUAGUUUUACUCACUUGACAUCGCUGCGGGUGAUUCAAUAAUAAUCUUCAUGUCUGUCAAAAUUAUUAAGCAAUAUUAUAGUGCGUACGAUUGGAAUUGCCCUCUAACAACGUGGAAAACUCAUUAAUUCUUUUUUUCACUGCAAGACUCGUAUACGUUUGUCAUUAUGGUUUCUUUUCAACCCCAACUGUCUGUGCAGCCUUUUUUUGUGAAUGAGCACGGAUUUGCUGGGAACUUCUUUAGUAACUUUUGAACUUUGAUGAGGAAACCCAGGGUUUGCUUUGAAUACCUUUAAACAUUAAUAACAAAUAAACCAUAAGCUGUUAUUUACC